AUGUUCGUAGCAGCUGCCUGUGCCUUUGCUACACAGCAGCUGUGGAUCAAGUGGGGUACGGAUGCAGCGGCAGGUGGCGGUACUACCGCCCUACCCUCUGCGCAGCUCCCCUGGGUGCCAAUUCUCGUGGCACUGUGCUUGGUAGACGUGGCCUUCCGUGUCGCUGGAAGUAUGCUGUUAGCCCUGUCUGCGCAGCGUCUUUCUCGGUCACUGCACAACGACAUGCUGGGUCACGUGCUGCAGAGCCCAGUUACUUUCUUCGACGAGUCGCCCCGGGGCCGCAUCCUGAACCGCUUCUCUGCCGACAUUGAUUACGCUGACUCACGCGCUUUCCUCAGUGGCAAGCAGAGUGUUCAGAACACGCUCCUCACCUUCGCCAAGAUCGCCAUUGUUGGCACGCAGGCGCCCGUUGUGGUCGGCAUCACACUUCUUGUCGCCGUGCUGGUAUGCUACGGACUGUUUGCCGCCGUGCGGGCAUCGCACCACUGCCGCUACUUCGAGAGCCUGGCCAUGUCCCGCUUACUGCAGCACGCGACCGAAACCGUGGAUGCAUUGAGUAGCGUCCGGUCAUACGGCGUGGCGGACAGGUUUGCGAGCCACUUCUACCGCCUGACAGACGAGGUCAUGCGGGGCUACGAUUGCUUCGGAGCCACUUACGCAUUCGUGCGCACGGUGACGGCUGUGGCUGGAUUCGUGGUUGUCAUGUGCACCCUGCUAACCACCGUCGUCUUCGCUGGCCCCGGUGGACCUGACCCAGGCAGUCUAGGCCUGGCGCUCAGCUCUGCGUGCUCGGUUCCUCUGUCGCUGAUGUCACUGUGCGUGAUGCUGUUCAACGUUCUUCAAAUGAUUGUCUCCUUCGAACGCUGUGUGAGUACACUGACUCCCUCCAGAGGUACGUAA